GGAGGGGGGUGCUGCAGGCGGGGUUCCGGGAAUCCUUCAGGAGUCAGUGUCUGUCCCGGUCCCCACUGAAGAGAGAAGCCCACUCAGACCACGCUCUCCCCCGCUGGCCCGAGGGACCCAAGAGUCCUGCCGCUCCUCCUCCGUUCUUGCCUGCGGCCCAGUGAGGCAACAUGGCAUCCCGGAUCCCCUGCUUCCUCCUCCUCCUGCUGCCGCUGCUUCUGAGGGCUGCCCACACCUCCUUGCUGGAGGACGGUGGAGCCAGCGGAGAGGGCGAGGGCUCUUCGUCAGCCAGCCUGCCUCCCGCCAGCACCCCCAAGCUGAGCCGCACCUCGAUCCAGCCGCACCCGACGCCCCUGGACGGCCCGGCAGCCCCGGCCCCCGCCACCACCAACUUCCUGGAUGGGAUCGUGGACUUCUUCAAAGAGUACAUGCUGCUCAUCUCGGUGGUCGGCUCUCUGGCCUUUCUGCUCCUGUUCAUCGUCUGCACGGCCCUCGUCGUGCGUCAGAAGCACAAGGCCUCGGCCUACUACCCUUCCUCCUUCCCCAAGAAGAAAUACGUCCACCCGAGCGACAAGGCCGGGGGCGGCCGGGCCUUCAGCGAGGUGCCCGAGAAGCCCCCUGCCGCGCGGCCCCAGGAGCCCCUCGACGCCUCCUGCCAGCUCCAGGCCGACAUCCUGGCCGCCACCCAGAACCUCCGCUCCCCGGCCAGGGGCCCCUCGGCCGAUGGGGACGGGGUCCUGACGGAGGAGAGGCCCCCCGCCGCGCCCCACGGAGGGGACGAGUUCUCAGACGGAGCGGGCCGAGGGAGCCGGAAGGUGGAGGAGGAGGAGGAUUUAGAGAAGGCCGACGGGGAGCCCCAAAGAGAGUCUCAGGAGGAGGAAGAGGAGAAAGUGGAGGAGGAGAUGGCCCCGGCCUCCCUCCUGGGAAUGGGAUCCCCGGAGGGAGCGGAGGGCCAGUGUCCCGAGGCCGCCCCCGCGGUGGCGGUGGCGGAGGAAGUCGGAGCCACGGCCGAGUUGCCGCUGGAAGCCCCAGGGGAGGCUUGCGCCUGCAGCAGCCGACCCCCAGAAGCCUAGCCGGUCUGGACCCGUCGCCGAAGUCCUCCCCUCCUCCCUCCCCCAGCCCCGCAGGAUCCCAAGACCCUCGCCGGGCCGCCCUAACGUAGCCGCCUAAACUCACCGCGUCCCCAAGAUCAGAUUCCCCCCGAGGCUGGGCUGCCGGGGCGGACGCUUGCCCGGUGGGGAUGGGGCCUAGGGGGCGCCUGGCAGCAGGGACCCCCCACCCCAACACCGGCCUGACUGUUCCCGGCCACUACCGAGCCCGUCCCCCCUGCUGCCAACCCCACACCUGCCACUGCCCCCUCCGAGCCCCCCGGCCUCCCACUUGGGAAGCUCACAGAAUCAUUUGUCCAUCCCAGACCUCCCGCCAGGACUCCCGGGGACUCGGGGGCCAGUCUCCCCCCACCCCCCAACUCGUGGGGGCCCAGGAGGGGCUGAAACAAGAUUCGGGCAACGGUCCCACUCCCCCUCAGACGUUUGGGGCAGCAGACCGUAUUUAUGACGUGACGGGACCUGAAGUUCCGUCCAAAAGACAAGAGAAGAGCGUCUGUGGAAGGCGUGGAUUCAGGUGGGGUCGGGCGGAGGGGGGCUCCCUGGUUGAUGGGAGCCUCCCCUUUAGGAAAAAUUAAGCCCUCUCAGCCUGGCUUCCACCAAGACCCGAGGCCUCUCCGCUUAGGUGGAAACGAGUUCUGCCUGAUCAGGGCCUUCGGAGGGGCCGCCACCUGCCCGAAAGACCGGGGAAGCCGAAGCACCCCCAGAAUCCCACCUGGCCUUUUCUCCCUCAACAACUCCACGGGGGGGGGGGGGGGGGGCGGGUCUCCC